AUGCGUUCGUCACUCCGCGCCGCCGUUUUGGCCUGUUUCUCAUUGGCGUGUUGCGUGGCGUCAGGGCUAGGCGCCGAGUUCUUCGAUUCGGACGGCGUACGACUCGGCUACACGGACGAAGGCAGCGGCCCGGUCGUGCUCCUUUUGCACGGAUACGCCGCUGACGCCGAGUCGAUGUGGCGUGAUUCGGGCGUGAUCGACGCCUUGGCGCAACGCGGCUACCGCGUCGUCGCGUACGACCACCGUGGCCACGGCAGGUCGGAUCGGCCGCCGACCCUCGAAGCCUACGGGCUGCCGAUGGUUGAAGACGCGCGGCGUCUGCUCGAUCACCUCGGGAUCGAGCGGGCGCACGUCGUCGGAUACUCGAUGGGGGCGAUCAUCGCCAACAAGCUGCGUGACCUGCACCCGACACGCGUCAUCAGCGUGACUCUGGCCGGCUACGGCGAGCCGCCGCUGCCGGAGGCUUACUCCGAGGCGUUGCGACAAGAGAUCGAGACCAACCUCGCCGCGAUGGGUUUGCUCGACGGGAACGACCCGAAGGCGCUCGGCCUGAUCAGCGCCCGCUGGCGCGAGUGGAGCAUCGACGCGGCGCGACUCGGCCGCAACGAAACGCCGGCCUUGGCGAUCAGCGGCGAAGACGACUCGUUCCUCGACGACGCGCGGCGACUCGCCGAAACGAUGAAGGGGCUGCGCCUGGUCACCGUCCCGGGCGACCACGGCUCGGCGCCGAGCCAGCCCGAGUUCGUCGAGGAGCUGACGCGCCCUGAGCGGCUACUUCGCGAUCGCUCGAUACACGAGCAGCACCGCGCCGGUGCCGAUCACCGCGAUCACCAGGCUGCGGAAGUCGAACCCGCUGACGUCGCCGAAGCCGAGCUGUGUCCCGAUCCAGCCGCCGACGACGGCCCCCAAGACGCCCAGCACGCACGUGACGACCCACCCGCUCGGGCCCUUGCCCGGCAUGAAGAAUUUGCCGAGCGCGCCGGCGAUCAGGCCGAAGACGAUCCAAGAGAGAAGACCCAUGGCGGACGGUUCCUGCAACGAGGGGGAGCGGUGCGCCCCAGCAUAACGCACGCGCUCACAAGCCGUAUCGAGAUGCUCCCUCCCCCGUUGGGGGAGGGCCGGGGUGGGGGGCUCGCUCGACUCGCACCCGGAGAACCCCUGAUGGCUACCGACCCCCUCGCCAAGAACCCGCUUGCCGGAGACCAGGCCGCCGUCGCCGAAGUCAAAGAGAUGCUCGCCGCCACCGUCGAGCAGGCCCGUCGGUACUGGUGGGUCUUCCUGAUGCUCGGGGUCGUGCUCGUCGUCGGCGGCGUGCUGAGCGUCGCCUACCCGUUCGUGUCGAGCGUCGCCGCGGUGCGGGUGUUCGGCGCGGUGCUGGUGAUCAGCGGCGCGGUGACGAUUGUCGGCGCGUUCUGGGCCGGACGCUGGAGCUCGCUGCUGCUGCAAAUCUUGGUCGGGCUCCUCUACCUCGUGGCGGGCAUCGCGAUCCGCGACACGCCGGUCGAGUCGACCGCGAUGCUGACGCUGUUCGCCGCGGCGUUCUUCAUCGUCGUCGGCGCGUUCCGGGUGAUCGUCGCCGUGGUCGAGCGCUUCCCGCAGUGGGGCUGGGCCGUGCUGAACGGCCUGGUGACGCUCCUCUUGGGCAUGAUCGUCUACGACACGUUCCCCGAGAGCGCCCUCUGGCUGAUCGGCCUGAUGGUCGGCUGCGAGUUGCUCUUCAACGGCCUGAGCUGGGUGAUGCUGGGGCUGUUCCUGCGGCGGCUCCCGGAGGAAGAAGAGACGGCGGUGUGA